AAGGAUUUGGCGGGCAGUCAACAGUCACAGAAUUAAAAAAGUGGGCGUUGACCACCUACUUGCACCUCCUGGCGAAGCGGCCGCGGAAAGAGACGCUGGAGAGAGCAAUUGGGCGCACGUGAGCUUUUCUCGGUGUUUGCUUAUUUGUUGUUUUUGCGUGAUUUUUUGUGUGGUUUGUGCAGGAUGCAUCAGGCCAUCACCUCAGCUCAGAUAGCACAUUGGUUUACUGUCGGGGUACAGUUUGCAAACAUCACAAUCACUGAUGAAGUGAAAAAGCAGGCAAAGGCCGAAGCUCCUGCAGCUGCAGACAGUUCUGUGGAAGAGUUGUCUGAACAGGCUUCUCCAGAGAAGGCAGGAUCAGAGGGAGGAAACCAGAAGAGCAGGAGGCCAGAACUACUAACCAGUCCAGGAACCACCCCACCUUCACUGGCCAGUUAUGAGUAUCCAAUUCUCCCUAUUACUAAGAACAGACAAGAGUUGAUCUCUCUGAUUGAGAACAACUCUGUGAUCAUCAUUCGUGGAGCGACAGGCAGUGGGAAAACCACCCAGCUGCCGCAGUUCAUUCUGGAUCACUAUGCAGAGAAAAAGACACCCUGUAACCUGGUUGUUACUCAGCCACGCAAAAUUGGGGCCACCAGCAUUGCCCGCUGGGUGGCACGGGAACGCAAAUGCACCCUAGGCAGUUUGGUGGGGUAUCAGGUGGGUUUAGAGAAGAUGGCCACAGAGCACACCAAGCUGAUUUAUGUGACCACAGGAGUCUUACUGCAGAAAUUAGUGGGAGCUAAAACACUCACAGAGUAUUCGCACAUCUUCAUAGAUGAGGUACAUGAGAGAACUGAAGAACUUGACUUCCUGUUGCUGGUUGUCAGAAAACUGCUGCGGACAAAUUCCAGAUAUGUCAAGGUCAUUCUGAUGUCAGCCACCAUAAACUGUGCAGAGUUUGCAGAAUAUUUUGGAUCUCCGAUCCGCAAUCAGAUGAAUCCAGCAUACGUGUUUGAGGUGGAAGGAGCCCCAUAUGCCAUUGAAGAGUUCUACCUGGAUGAGCUUAAAACCAUCCUACCUCUUGGAGUCAAUGUGGAGCAAACCUUCCCAAUAGACCCUUGCAUCACAGAGGAGAUGUAUAAUGUUGCCGUCUCUCUCAUCCAGAGCUUUGAUGAGAUGGAGGCUAAAGAUCAAAGGUCCUCGGAGCAAACCGGAAGUGCUACUCAUCCAGAGAGAGGUAGUGUGCUUGUCUUUCUGCCUGGGCUUGCUGAGAUACAAUAUAUGAAGGAGGCCCUCGGAAAACUUGUGCGCAAAAGGUUGCAGGUAUAUCCUCUUCACUCUACUGUCACGUUAGAGGAGCAAAAUGGAGUGUUCCUGGUUCCUGUACCUGGAUACCGGAAGAUAAUUCUCUCCACAAACAUCGCAGAGAGUUCUGUCACUGUGCCUGACGUUAAAUACGUGAUUGACUUCUGCCUUGUGCGUCAGUUGGUUUGCGAUAAGGAGACCAAUUACAGAUCUCUUCGAAUCACCUGGGCAUCCAAAACCAGUUGCAACCAGCGUCGAGGUCGUGCUGGACGCGUAUCUAAAGGCUUCUGUUACAGAUUGGUGACCAGACAUUUCUGGGAGAAUGAGAUUCCAGAUUUCACAAUCCCAGAGAUGCUGCGGUCCCCAUUGGCCAGUACCUUGUUGAAGGUGAAGUUGUUGGAUAUGGGAGAUCCCCGCUCAGUUCUCUCCACGGCCCUCACACCACCCAACCUCAGUGACAUCGAAAGAACCGUCCUGCAACUCAAACAGAUCGGAGCUCUUUCUGUGCAGAGCAACAAUCAGAGGCAGUUUGAUGGCGAUUUGACAUUUUUGGGUCGUGUGUUGGCACACCUGCCUGUGGACUUGCAACUGGGCAAGCUGAUCGUUCUUGGACAUGUAUUCGGGUGUCUGGAGGAGUGUCUUAUCAUUGCUGCAUCUCUCUCACUAAAGAGUUUCUUUGCCAUGCCAUCACUGCAGCAGCUGGCCGGGUACAGGAGCAAGUUGAGCUUUGCGCAGAAUGUUCCAAGUGACUUCAUUGCUUUCGUCAAUGCUUUCAAGGCCUGGUACACAUCUAGAGCUAAAGGAGAGCUCAGACACCCAAAGGAUGAACUGGAAUGGGGCAAAGAGAACUGCAUACAGAUCAAACGAAUCAGAGAGGUGGCAGAGCUCUUUGAGGAUCUGAAGAAGAGAGUGUCCAGAUUUAACAUGCACAUCAGCAGUUCCUCAAACCCCACAGACUACACCAGUCUGCACAAACAGAGGUUCAUCCUGCAGGUUGUCAUUGCGGGUGCAUUCUUCCCAAAUUAUUUCUCUCAGGGAGAGAUCGAUGAGCAGCUGGCAUCUAAGGAACUUUCUGGAAACGAUCCAAAGACCACCAUUAUGAUUAGGAAUCUGCCUCCAUUUGCAUUCCUGUGCUAUAAGCAGCUACAGUCACUGUUCCGUCAAUGCGGACAGGUCAAAUCAAUCGCUUUCGAUGGAUCCAGAGCGUAUGUGGAGUUUUAUCGCUCUUGUGUGAGGGAGACUGGUGUGUUACCUGAGGUCUUGUUGGCAUUGCUGCGAGCAAGGCAGACUCCCGCUCUUCAGCUGCAAGUGCACCAUGCAGAUGAGGUCGAGGCGCAUGCUAAAGGAAAGCCCAUUGCACACCUACGUUACACAAGAGUUAAUGUGGAUGUUCAGAGCCAUGCUGUGUCUCCUGUUGGAGUUCUGAGCAGCACUGUUAAUCCAGAGAAACUUCCAUCCAGCAGGGAUUUUAUCAUUAACAUCACAGAGGUGAUCGAUGUGGGCCAUUUUUGGGGCUUUCGGACAGAUGAGAGCAGCGUAGAGAAACAGUGUCAGUUAACAGCAGCCCUAAACAUGAGAGAUCUGAGACCCUUAUCUGUCUCUCUCUAUCCAAAUCUGCUGUGUGUGGCCCCCUUCAAAGAUGGACAGCAAAUGGCCAAAUACUAUAGAGCUAAAGUUCUGCACAUCCUAGGCAGCAACGUAGAGGUGUUUUUUGUAGACUUUGGCAACACCUCUGUGGUCCCGUGCAGCAGUCUGAGAGAACUCCCAUCUGACCUCAUCACUCCCCCCUUUCAGGCACAGGAGUUUUGCAUCGCAGGCAUGGGUCCGUCUGCACAGUCGCUGAUUCUGGGUGGUCGUUGGAGCAGUCGGGCACGUAACCGUUUUAAAACACUCACAAGUGGCCGCUCUGCCAUAGUGUCCCUCUGCUCCAUUCUGCACGGCGUCAUGCGCGUCGACCUGCACAUCUCCAUGGAGACAGGCGAUGUCAGUGUGGCGGACCUCCUGGUGCAGGAGGGACAUGCCUGCCACAUCCCUGAAAGCUUUGAGAGUCGGCAGUCCCAUGAGGUUCUGAUGUCUCUGUAUGAGGAUAUGGCCUGUGGCAGAUUCACCCCUAGUUCUACUAGUGGUUCCUUGAACAGCAGGAUGGAGGAAGACAAGCUGCUCAUCAACGAGCUCCUUCAGCACUUUUGUGCCUCUGGCAGCAGCGCCCCCAAGUGCAAGGCUUUAGUUUAUGGUCCCAGCAGCCCACAUAAGGUCAGCUUUCACAGCAUGAGCAGGAUCAGCAGCUUCAGGGCUGUUGGCAUUGAGAGGGACAGCAUUAACUCGGUAAUGGUAAAUGAAAAUCCACAGGACGGCCAUGAGAGGAUGUUGGUGGCUGCAACUGUGUCUCUUAGUGCCUCAGGUUCUCGUAUUUUGCUGAAGGAAACAUCUCUGAUGCCUCAUAUCCAUGGCCUCCCCUCCAUUGUUACUAUGCUCUUCACCCCUGUCAUGGAACUGCGUACUAAUGAGGACAGGACCUGUUUUACUGGUGCUCUGUGCGGGCUGGGCUGGAACACUGUUUCCCAAAGUGCCGUGCUGCCUGAACAUGACAUUGAGCUUGCCUUUGACGUCAAGUUUGAUAUUGAAGACAUCACAGAGAUAAAUGCAUUGAGAGGUACAGUGAACAAGCUGGUGUGUGAUGGACCAAACGGCCUGAUCAACCUGAGCCCUGACAAGAUCAGCAGCCUUCAGGAGGAGGCCCGGGAACGGCUCAUUGGACUGUUCAUUAAAACCCCUCCCAGACCAGAGUGCACACCUGUGUACUAUGAGAAGUUCAAAAAGUGGAACCAGGUGGAUCGCUCCCAGCAGAUGGAGCUACAGGAGAAGGAUGAUGGGAAAUCCAAAGGCGUGCUGUUUCAGCUGCAUCCAAUCACCUUGCUGAAUAUGUGAGGAGCAUCAUACACAAGAGAAUUGUCUCCUAGCAUUGCACAAGAUUUUGUGGGGUUUUCAGUUUUAUUAGAAGAUGUUGAUGGAAACAUGUGAAUGUUACUUCUAUCAAAUGUGCAGUGUUUUAGUUUUGUCAUUUUUGCUACUUGAGAAAGAAAUUUCAGUUGCACAAUGCAGGGUUCCUUAAUCUGUAUUGAAAAAAAAUUUAUUCAGCUGCACUUUUUUGGUUUUUAAGAAACACUUCUAAGUUUGAUGUUAUGUUGCAAUGUUUUAAAACAAUGUCUGUUUAAAUGUAGCUGUAAGCUGAGGUGACCAUGUUCUUGUUGUACAGUAAAUAAUUUGUUCACA